UGAUUCUCCUCGAAGAAGUUCCACUUGCUGAGGAUUGUGCCAUGAUAAAUAUAUAAAUUGUAUAUUCUAACCUAAAAAGGCGAAUUCACGAUUUUACACUCCCGCACUUUUGGAAGAACAUUUUCAAUAAUGAAAAAUUUAUAACAAUAGUUGUACGUGAUUAUUUAUCAAUAAAACAGAAAAUAUAUCAACAGACCAUGAAAAUACACCAAUAUUAUCUUUGAUGUUAGUCAUUAGAAGAGACAAAUGAAAGUAAAUGUCAAAGUAAUACACGAAGUUCUAAAUUGAAUUAUCAUAUCAAAUUUCUUAAUUACUAUAAUAUUUGAAAUUUCAUUCGUUUAAAACACGAUGGGAUUGUCUUUUCAAAUAUCAAAUAAAAUUCGACUUUAUAAAAAAGUUAAUACAAAAAUAUUAUCAAAUUAUCUGGAUGCACGACGAACACGACUUUUGGCUGAAUUACAAGUUUUAUGAAUAUCUACUACAGCAUGACAAAUUUCCUUUUUCUUGUUUAAAUACGAAAAUUUACAUUCAACGAAAAUAUUAUUUUUUUCCAUUUGACACACUUUGGAUUUAUUUUUAAUAACAUUUUAAUACAUAUUUGUCGAUUAUGAAGAAAAUUCAUGAUUCUAGGGGGAAUAUUGUGAAUGUUAUGCCGUUAAAAAUGCAACGUCCUCGUUUCACUCGAACAGGAAAAAAUAUGUCUAGAAAGAGGAGUUUUUAUAUUUUAGUUGGAGUUGCCACGGCUUUUAUCUUUUUUUUGGCAUUAAAUCAACAUUACAACAACUAUUUUGAACAUCAAUUGCAGCCAAUGAUAUCGGAUGCCGAGUUAAAGUUACGGCAUACGAAAAUACAUCAAUCUUACACAAAUUACAUAAAAGGCGCAGCAAGCGAUGUUACAUUGUAUGAAAUUCAAAAAGUUAUAAAUCUACAAAGAAAAUUGAUUGAGAAAAAUAUGAGCGGUUAUAGAUAUCUUAAUGGGGAAAAUGAAAUUGAUUCUAGUAAUCUCGACAAUUUUGUAAUGGAACGAGGAGGUAAGCCAUUGAGAAGUAUUAUUUUAACAAGUUGGCGCAGCGGAAGUACUUUUCUUGGUGAAGUUAUCAAUGCUCAUCCUGCCACUUAUUAUCAUUACGAGCCAUUAUUGGACUUUGGAAUUAUUCAAAUAAGAGAAGAGCCAUUCGCUGAUAUGGCUCUUAAAAAUAUCGAAUCAUUGCUCAAGUGCAAUUACUCAAACAUGGAACAUUAUUUGAAUUUUGGAAAAACUCAUGUUUGGCUUUUUAACCACAAUGCCCCCCUUUGGGAACAAUGCCUAAUGCACAAAUCAAUUUGCUGGGAUCCAAGAUUUCUUUCUCCCUUUUGUCAAUUAUUUCCAUUUCAAUCAAUGAAGAUUGUACGUUUAAGAUUACGGCUUAUAGAAAAAAUUUUAGCACAAGACAGCUUGGGAGCAAAAGUAGUAUUUUUGGUUCGUGAUCCACGAGGCAGCUUACAAUCGAGAAAACAUAGAGACUGGUGUCCAGGUGAACCCGAUUGUUCCGAUCCUAGUCUUUUAUGCUCCGAUUUGGUAUCUGAUUUUAAAGCAGCUGUUAAAUUUUCGAAAAAGUAUCCUCGCAAUUUUCGUGUUGUACGAUAUGAGGACUUAUCAGUCAAUCCAUACGAAUAUGUAAAGGAUGUAUAUCAAUUUUAUGGUCUCGAUUUUCAUCCGAACAUUAUAAGAUAUUUGGAUACUCACACAAAGACUGAUUUUGGAGACAUGUCAAGUACUUUUAGGAAUUCUAAAGCAGCUCCAUUUCAUUGGCGAACGGAUUUAACUUUUUUUGAAGUUAAUGAAAUACAGGAGGCAUGUAAAGAUGCAAUGCAACUUUGGGGAUAUGUACGUGCUGAAAAUUAUACUCAUCAACAGUAUUUUAAUCCAACAAUUAAUUACAGUUUGGAAUAUCCUGUCGGCGAUUUCGACAUUCCUUGACGAUUAAUGCACUUUGUCGUUUUCUACUUUGAAAUAAGAAAAGAAGUAUCACAUUUGAAAAUGGAAUGAAUGUUUUAGCAAAAAAUAUAUAAUGAAAUAUUUCUCGUCUGUGCCUCUCUAUGACAUAAAAGUUUUUGUAUGUUGAUUUUAUUUUCUCACUUUGAACUAAAGAAAAAAAAGCAACAAAAAAAAAAAUGAACAAAGAAACGACAUUUAUAUAGAAUAAUCGAAAUUUUUGCAGAAUAUAGUCAUUAAUGUUUUUUUUUGAAUUUUUAAGCUUUUAAUAUCAUUAAUAUAUUCGCGAUACGUUUGUUUAAUAAUUGAGACUGUUUUUUAUUUUUGGAAUAUAAUAUUCCAAAAAUGUUUGCAUCUGAUUUUUAUUUUAUAUAUAUAUAUAUAUAUAUAUAUAUAUAUACAACAUUUUCUCUCUCUCUAUGCAAAGAUCUGAAUCUCACUUUAUCUCACUGCUCAAUUUAUUUAUUAUAUUAGUACCUUUGUUACUCUUUUUCAUUAAUAGAUGUGUAUAGAUAUAUAUAUUUAAAGAUUUUUAUUAUAUUUCUUCGUAUAUUUUUCUUGUAAAGCAAAUUUUUUGUAAAUAUUUAUUGUUGUAGAUUUUAUGAUAUUAUUCGUGAAUCAUGUGUUCAGAAUAUGUAAUAAUUGUACAUUCGCAAUAAAUUAUCAAUAGUAAUAAUACAAAAAAUUUAAUUAAUUUAUAAAAGCCUAAAAUUAAUUUUUUCAAUUCUCUAUUAUUGAAAAUUUACAAAAUUAAACAAAUGUUUUCUAUAAUAAAAUUAAAAUUCAAUUUUCAAAAUUAAAUUUUUUUUAAGUUCUUUAAAGUUUUAUUUAAAAAUUCUAAUUCUACUUAAAGAAUAUUAACUAUACUUUUAUCAGCAAUAAAAAGAAAAGAAAAUUGAAAUGAUUUGUUAUUAAAUUAGACGGAUUUAAAUAAAUUGAGUCCGCGCAAAAAAGAUUUCUUUUCAACUAUAUUAUAUAUAUUUCGUAUUUGAAAUAAAAAUAAUCCAAGGAUGAUUUCCCGUUAACCAAUCCAAGGAUUUUUGCAACGUUAUACAAAUAACAAAAAUAUUUUUACUGUCAGUCCUACGACAAGGUAAUGCACUGGACGUUCUGAGAUAUGCUUGUCUGCUUCAAACGUAUUUUUUUUUUUUUUUUUUCUUUUAAACAAACAAUUUUUUUUUUUAUUUUUCUCGGCGAGCUUCUUUAAUAUACUUAGUUGAUAAAAUCUCCUACGAAAAUUACAAUACUAGAAUUCGAAAAACUAGGAGGUUCUUCGUAUUUUUUUUUUAAUUUCAUUCCCUCCGGUAUUGAAUUUUUUUUUUAUAUUUCAAUUUCUGUAUUUUUCUUAUUAUUAUUAUUUUUUAAAAUUGGUGUUGGGACUAGAAAUAAAAGAAGACUGUAACACCCUGCAAAACAUGAUAUUUUCGAAUUUUUUUUUUUUUUUUUUGUCGGGUAAUAUGAGACACUUGACAAAAUAAUGGAUUUAUUACGUAUUCACGUUUAGGAGAACACAAUUUCUCUUGAGUUUCACUCCGUACUUUUAUAAUCGCUUUUUUUUUUAUAACAUUCUCGCUCUUAUUUAUUUGUGAAGAUUUUUUUUUUCUCGGCAAAAAUUUGCUUUCACUCAUUAAUUAUAAUUGUUUCGUUGAUAUAAUUAUCUUAAUUUUGGCAAUUAUUAUUUCCUUACAUUUUAUAUAAAUAUCCCACAUAAGAAGAAUGAACAAAUAGACGAUGAAAUUUUUAAAUUACAGAAAUUACAAUUAAUACGGAUUGCAAAAUAGUACAAAUUGUGAUUAUUACAAUUAUUUCGUUACAAUUGUUAUUUUUUUUUUUGCUUUUGCAGAAAUUCGAAAUAUUCCAGCAGGUUUAAUUGAGAAAACACUUUUGUUAAUUUAAAAAAAAAAAAUCCUCUUUUUUUGGGUAAAUUAAUCACCUUUCAAAAUUAUUUAUUUUUUUCCUCUUUUUUUUUUUGUCAAAUAUUGAAGAAAAAAAUAUUAUCAAUUAAACCUAGAACUGGUUAUUAGAAAAUUAGAUAUUUUUUUUAUAUAUUUACAGGAAAGUGAGAGAAAAAAUUUUUUAAACUCACAUAAAAAAUUGUAUAGAAGAUUUUCAUAUUAACAAAAUUACAUUGAGCAACCUCAAAAAUGUUUUCCCUUGGGAAAUUAUUGAAAAAAAUAAUGUGUCUGGCAAUGUUAAAAAAAAAGAAUAUUAACAUGACUUCUUAUUUUCAAAAAGAGUUUUUCUUUACAUAGAAAAUGAAAAUUUCGAUUUAAUUUUUUUUUCCUAUUUUGAAAAAAAGAAGUUAUGUUAUCAAAAAAAAAGGGGGGGAAGAAGAAAGGAAUAAACGGACUUUUGGCGAAGUCUUUAAAAAAAAAAAAAAAUUGAAAAAAAUCUCAUAUUACCCGCCUAUUGUUUUUUUUUUAUAACACCUCGCCCUAAGACUAACUAUUUACACUUCUCAAAACCUGCGCGACAUUCCGCACUGAUUUAUGGAAUUGGCAUCAAAUUACCCUAAAUCGAUACGAGCCUUUAGAUCUCUUAAAAAGCGACGGUGGUGAUAGGUGUGUGAGUCGAAAUUUUCGAUAAUUUAUUUAGAUUGAUUUGUUUUUUUUAUCUUCUCUAAAUAUAGGCUAAAAAGAUUUUUUUUCUUUUUAAGAAUUUUCGCUGCGGUGCAAAAAACUUCUGGGGGAAAAAAAAAAAUGGGGGGAAGGUCUGUCAGGAAGUAAAAUGACAAACUGUACGAUUGAUGAAAUUUUUUUUAAAAUUAUGACUAAAUUUUCUCGAUUAUCUCAAAAUAUUUCUUUCUUUUUUAAGAAAAUUAUUUUUUUUGUAUUAAAUUAAAAGAAAAAAAUUUAUUAAUACUUUUAAAAAUAAUUUUUUUUUAGUCAAAUAAAAAUGGAAAAAAAUUAGAAUAUUUUGUCCUAAAUGGUUUUUUUAAAAAUAAGAUGAAAUAAAAUGUGAUAUUUUUCAUUUUUUUUUUUUUUUUUUUUUUGGCAACAACCCCA